UUUCAAGAUGGCGAUGGAGGGAGGAGGGAAGGAGAUGAACGAGAUUAAGACCCAAUUCACCACCCGGGAAGGUCUGUACAAGCAGCUGCAGCAUUCGGAGUACAGCCGGCCCAACCGGGUGCCCUUCAACUCGCAGGGAUCCAACCCUGUCCGCGUCUCCUUCAUAAACCUCAACGACCAGUCUGGCAACGGCGACCGCCUCUGCUUCAAUGUGGGCCGGGAGCUCUACUUCUAUAUCUACAAGGGGGUCCGCAAGGCUGCUGACUUGAGUAAACCAAUCGAUAAAAGGAUAUACAAAGGAACACAGCCUACUUGUCAUGACUUCAACCACCUAACAGCCACAGCGGAGAGUGUCUCUCUCCUAGUGGGCUUUUCUGCAGGCCAAGUCCAGCUUAUAGACCCAAUCAAAAAAGAAACUAGCAAACUAUUUAAUGAGGACAAUGGGAACAGCGUCACAACGCCUGGGAACUCUGUGCCCCCGCCCCUGCCUCGGUCCCACAGCCUCCCCCACUCGGCUGUCUUGAAUGCCGGCAGCAAGAGCAGUGUCAUGGACCGGGCCAUCGCGUCCGGGGUCAGCAAGUUUGCGACCCUCUCUCUACAUGACCGGAAGGAGAGGCACCACGAGAAAGACCACAAGCGGAACCACAGCAUGGGGCACAUUUUCAGCAAGAGCAGUGACAAACUGAACCUAGUUACGAAAACCAAAACGGACCCCGCCAAAACUCUGGGAACACCCUUGUGUCCUCGGAUGGAAGAUGUUCCCUUGUUAGAGCCUCUGAUCUGUAAAAAGAUAGCACACGAGAGACUGACUGUGUUAAUUUUUCUUGAAGAUUGUAUAGUCACUGCUUGUCAGGAGGGAUUUAUUUGCACAUGGGGAAGGCCUGGUAAAGUGGUAAGUUUUAAUCCUUAAUGCUGCACCAGAUCUAGAACUUGAAUAGGUAGUGAUUUUUUCUCUCGGGAGGGGCGGGGUGUACAAUGAAUGUGAAUGACCCUUCUUACUCUUAAUGUAAAUCUAAAUGCAUCAGAGCCAUAAUUUUGGAUACUGCAUGCCAUGUAAUUCUGAAUCAUUUGAUAAUUCACCUUAGAGCAUUUAAAAACUAUAUACUCAAACUCCUUGCCAGCCGAGUCAGUCACCCUCCUGGGAGCCCGUAGAGCCUGGGGUAGUGUCCUGUAUCUGAUC